GUUCUGUGCAAGCCUACCCGGCUUCUAAAGCAUUCUAUGUCAGGGGCUCUGGGUCCAGCUAAGGGCUCUAUGUGUGGUAAAGCUUUUCGGCGCGGAGCUGGCCCCCGCUCUCUGGGCCACUUGGUACGGUCUGCGUCCCCCUUCACUUCCUCCGGCCGUGGUUGCGCCCAUCCAACCGGAAGCGCCCAGGCUCCGCGCCCGCCAUGGAGCCUCUUGGCUGUCAGAGUGAAUCCCGCCCGGCUCCCUCGCCCGCCGAGUCAACCCCGGCCUCGGUGACACUUGCGCAGCUCCUGCAGCUGGUCCAGCAGGGCCAGGAACUCCCCGGCCUGGAGAGGCGCCAGGUCGCGGCGACCCUUGACGAACCCACGGCGUCCCGACUCCCGCGGAGACCCAAGCCCUGGGAGGCCGCGCGCUCGGCGGAGCACCCGGCGCCACAGUUCCAGACUGGGGACCGCAGGCUCGCCGACCCUCCGAGUGGGCAGAGGAGCCGCCUGGAGGAGCCUGGCUCGGCCGUUUCUGAGGCUCGAUGUCCUUUGCAGCUGUGAAUGAAAAAUUUUGCUGCCCUGUCGGCAAAGGACACUGCAGCCCCAAGGGAAAUCCCCAGAAUGGAGGAAAGCCUGACUACUACGGAGCCCUCAGCCACUGCAGACACUCCCAACCGUGCACCCUGAGGUGCCUCCGGAUGGGAUAGAAUAAGAUACUGGCCUAGGAUAGCUAAGGUUCAUAGCAAAGGAAUGAUUUUAGUGAGCCCGGACUCUUAUGACUUCCUAUGCAUGAGAAAAGCUAAAUUCUUUAACGUGAGCUGUCUGGUUUUCUUUAACAGUAAUCUUUUGAUGGUCUGACUACCCGGUUUUGUUGCAAAACUCUUGUAUAUCCUACACAGCAGUCCCACAGAGCUAUGUGAGGCUGCCUUCUGGGCUUGAGUUCUCAGUCUGCCAAAUAAAACUAUUCUCCACUUUUA